AUGGAUAUUUAUGGUCGAGCUGUAAAAUCAGUUGACGAUCCCACGGGGUCAAACGACAAUUUGCCGGAAGACGAGAUUUCUGUAGAAGACUUGUCUUUGGAUCCAUCGUCAGAAUUCGUUGCUUCGGGCAACUGCAUCACCACUGAUGCCCUAAACAAAACAGAUGAUCUUCCAGAUUCUAGUUCUCUUCGAAGAUCCAUAAGAAUUAUGCGGUGGAAAACGUUGUGGACACGCUAUUCGAUCAAUCCGGAAAUUUCAAAUCAGCAAAUGGAUCCACUUCUCUAUGCCUGUUCCUAUCUUACCUUUACCGAUUCGAAUUGUGAACUUGAGGCGAUUGUCCAACGACUAUCGGAAAAGCAUUCUAAAUAUGAGAGUGUCUCACGGGCUUUGCAUUUGAAAAAGAUGAUGAAAACGUGGACAAAAGCGCACGCACUUCCAGACGACGUGUGUCUUCCGGUCAAUUUGUCGGACAUUCUGAACCGUGGAUCAAAAGGUCGCUGGUGGAUAGUAGGUGUGGCCGGUAAAAAUAAUGCCAUGUCUUCUACAAACCCAAACAAUUCCGUGACUGGGUCUUCGACAGAUGUGUCCUUCAAGUUGUCACCGGAAGUUGAAGCCGCUGCUGCGCGUUUGGGUCUGAGAACUGAAACAAGAAAGUUGCUGUUCCAUACGCUUGUAUCCACUCCAGGGGGACCGGAUGCUACCGCUACCGCGUUGGUUAAAGCAUGUGGUGGUGGUACCCACGCUGGAUCUGCUUCCCGAGAGCGUGAAAUGAUACAGAUUGUGGUGCACUGUCUUAUGGCUGAAAGUCCAUUCAACCGUUUCUAUCCCCGCGUUCUUGGUAGUUUAAUCAACCUACAUCGCCGGUUUUUGCCGCAUUUCUCGGCCAAUGUAAUUCUACCACUGGGCAACACGUUCCCACCAAAACCACGGGAACUUAGGACAAAACAAAUCUAA